AGCUACUAUAUUGGAUUUGUCCUGUAACAACCUCAUUUCCUUGCCGGCAAAGGAGGAGAGUGAUUUUUCCUCCACCACAGUUCUGGGUCAGACUUCUGCAGUUUGAUGCAUCUGGUGAAACUGGAUUUGAGUAAAAAUCGGCUUCAACAGCUGCCCUUGGACUUUGGCCGCCUGGUCAAUCUGCAGCACCUGGACCUUCUGAACAACCGUUUAGUCACCCUGCCAGUCAGCUUUGCACAGCUCAAGAACCUGAAGUGGCUGGAUCUGAAGGACAAUCCCCUGGAUCCCGUCCUGGCUAAAGUAGCAGGGGACUGUCUGGAUGAAAAGCAGUGUAAACAGGCUGCUGUCAAGGUGCUGCAGCACAUGAAAGCGAUCCAGUCUGAGCAGGAUCGACAACGGCAGCGGAAGCUCCAAGCAGAGCGAGAAAUGGAGAAGAAGCGUGAAGCAGAACAACGAGCAAAGGAGGCUCAAGAGAGGGAACUGAGGAAGCGAGAGAAGGCAGAAGAAAAGGAGCGCAGAAGGCGGGAGUAUGAUGCUCAGAAAGCUGCAAAACAGGAGAUGGAAAAGAAAACUAAAAAAGAAACAGUGCAGGCCCGAAAGCCCGCCUCCAGUUCUCGUCCCCCUCAGCCACCCCGGCACAAGCACUCCUGGUCGCGGUCGGUGCUGCGGGUCCUGCUCUUCGUGCUGCUGUGCGUCCUCUGUACUUUGGCCGCCUGCAAGCUGACAGAGCUGCAACACCAACCUCUGUGCGUCAGCGUGAACACUCUCUACGAGGACGUGUUAGCCGCUCUGCAAAACCACAAAACCCUGCAAAAUAUGCUACAACAGAACUCGCAGCAGUGAUUGUCCUGGAUGGGCACUUGCUUCGUCAGCAUCUCCCUCCACCAUCUAUGCAGCCAGAAUUCCUAUGGAAUUGUGUUCUGAUGAAACUGCUUUUAAUCAGGCAGCAUUGGUUUGCUGGUCCACUCCACACAGAGCAGUUAUUGUUCAGAUCAUCUUUGCUGUGCAUGUUUCGCAGUUGGCCUGUAACUCCCAUUAUUUGCCCACUUUACCUUAAAGUUGUUAACACCUCUUACCUCCAAGGGCUGUUUACCUAGAUUGUGAGACACAGAAAGCUGCCAAUCUAUAGGAGUGGGAAAAACCGGCCCUUGCCUAGCUAUAGCUCUGUCCUGGAGGUAGAAGGUUUUUAAUACAUAUCCAUUCCUUGCUGUCAUUUCUAUUUGUGCUGAAAUUGGUGAUAUGGCUGUAUGGGAAUAAUACAUUAAGGCCCACUCCAGGACCAAUUACAAGUGUGUAGGAUGGCUGCGCAUCCAUAUGUUGGAGCGAAGAAGCUGAUGUACUAUUGAAAGGAGCUGAAAAUUUUCAAUACAACAGUUUUCGCAGCAAUUUGUCUGAACUGGAUGUUUAUAUUGCUAAUGCAGUUUUAAUUUUAAUUAGGUCCUUUAGAAACAGCCAAAAAUGAUUACUGAGGACACUUAAUUUUAACCAGCUACUGCCAACAAAGCGGCGACAGCUUAGAAAGGGCUUCUGGCCAGUCUGCAGGCUGGUUUUGUGUGCGC